ACCGGGUGGCUUCCCUGCUGGGGUGGGGAGGGCGGCUGGGAUUUCUUUCCUUCCUUACACUGCGCCCCCCAAGCCCCUUCUAUCUCCCUCUCCCUCACCAGCUUCUCCGUCUGUCCUGCAGAGGCGAAGGGCAAGUGUCUCAACCUUGGGAUGGCUUACAGCGUGACCCUCACGGGCCCAGGACCCUGGGGCUUCCGUCUCCAGGGGGGCAAGGACUUCAACAUGCCGCUUACCAUCUCCCGGAUCACUCCCGGCAGCAAGGCAGCCCAGUCUCAGCUCACCCAGGGGGACCUUGUGGUGGCUAUCGAUGGUGUGAACACAGAUACCAUGACCCACCUGGAGGCCCAGAACAAAAUCAAGUCAGCCAGCUACAACCUGAGCCUCACCCUGCAGAAGUCAAAGCGCCCCAUUUCCAUCUCUACCUCAGCUCCGCGGAUUGAGUCUCCAAUGCCCGUGAUUCCCCAUCAGAAGGUUAUAGCCAACUCUCCUGCCAAUGCGGAGUACCAGGAACGCUUCAAUCCCAAUGCCCUGAAGGACUCUGCCCUGUCAACCCACAAGCCCAUCGAGGUGAAGGGGCUUGGGGGCAAGGCCACCAUCAUCCAUGCCCAGUACAACACGCCCAUCAGCAUGUACUCGCAGGAUGCCAUCAUGGAUGCCAUCGCUGGCCAGGCCCAAGCUCAGGGCAGCGAGUUCAGCGGAGAAUCACCACUUGUUAACAUCCCCGUUAAAGAUCUCGCAGUAGACAGUGCUUCCCCCGUGUAUCAGGCUGUGAUUAAAAACCAGAACAAGCCUGAAGAUGAAAUGGAUGAGUGGACCCGCCGCUCCUCCAAUCUGCAGUCACGCUCCUUCCGAAUCCUGGCGCAGAUGACUGGCACGGAAUACAUGCAAGACCCUGAUGAAGAGGCCCUGAGGAGAUCAAGUGCCAAGGACAGUUCAAAGGAGCCAGCAGGAAGAAGUACCCCCAUCGAGCAUGCUCCAGUGUCCACCAGCCACGCCUCUGCUCUGCCGCCAGCUUCUGCCCAUCCGCCCGCUACUGCUGCUGCCAGCCCAGCUCGCCCAGCAUCGCCCCCAGCUGUCUCCACCACCUCUGCCUCUGCUGACAGCCUCUCACCUGCUUUCCAAAGGGUCCUUAGCUCUUCCUAUUCACCAGCGCCUUCAGCGUCCCAUGCUCCUGCCACCUAUAAUGAAGCUCCUGCCACGGCUCCUAAACCCCGGGUGGUUACCACUGCCAGCAUUCGGCCUUCCGUCUACCAGUCAGUACCUGCAAGCAGCUAUAGCCCAGCACCAGGCACCAAUUACAGCCCAGCUCCAGGAGCAACCUACACUCCAUCUCCAGCCCCUGCCUAUACUCCAUCUCCAGCCCCUGCCUAUACCCCAUCUCCAGCCCCAGCCUAUACUCCAUCCCCGGCCCCAGCCUAUACCCCAUCCCCAGCCCCAGCUUAUACCCCAUCCCCAGCUCCUUCCUAUAACCCUUCCCCAUACAGCCCAGCCCCAUCAGCAACCUAUAGCUCCGGCCCAGCGGAGCCAGCUAGCCGCCCACCGUGGGUGACCGAUGACAACUUCUCUCAAAAGUUCGCCCCUGGGAAGACCACCACCUCACUCAGCAAGCAGAUCCUUCCUCGGGGUGCUCCGGCCCCAUCACCAGGUUAUACUCCUGCUGGCACCCAGGUACCCACAUUAGCCCGAGGCACCAUCCAGAGGGCUGAGCGCUUUCCAGCCAGCAACCGGACUCCUCACUGUGGACACUGUAACAGCAUCAUCCGGGGUCCCUUCCUGGUUGCUAUGGGUCGUUCCUGGCACCCAGAAGAGUUUAACUGUGCCUAUUGUAAGACCUCUCUGGCCGAUGUAUGCUUCGUGGAGGAGCAGAAUAACGUGUACUGUGAGCGUUGCUACGAGCAGUUUUUUGCCCCACUGUGCGCCAAGUGCAACACCAAGAUCAUGGGGGAAGUGAUGCAUGCUCUGAGGCAGACUUGGCACACCACUUGCUUUGUCUGUGCAGCCUGUAGGAAGCCUUUUGGAAAUAGUCUCUUCCACAUGGAGGAUGGGGAACCCUACUGUGAGAAAGAUUACAUCAAUUUGUUUAGCACCAAGUGUCAUGGCUGUGACUUCCCCGUGGAAGCUGGAGACAAGUUCAUCGAGGCUCUGGGACACACUUGGCAUGAUACUUGCUUCAUCUGCGCUGUCUGUCAUGUGAAUUUGGAGGGACAACCCUUCUACUCCAAGAAAGAUAAGCCACUCUGCAAGAAGCAUGCUCAUGCCAUCAAUGUCUAAAAGAAGCUGGCAGUCCCUGGCUCAGAGGGAACCUCGAUGGCCAACCUUGUUAACUACAAACAAUAAAUCAAGAUGGAUUUCUUUCUGUGGGGAAGGGAGAGGACCUAGGAAGCCCCUGAGAUCUUUUGAAGUACAAUUUUAGUCCUUCUUAUGUACACAGAACAUGCAUUUGCCUUAUUCUGAGCAGAAGUCAACUCAAAUCUCUCCCUCAAGGAGCUCGUAAUUAAUCCAAUACUGGAAUGGUACUUCAAAAGCUGAGGACACAAUUGUGAGCACUCCAGAGUAUGAAACUAAAAGCAACUUUUCCUAAGAAAUAUAAAUAUGCUCUUGAAUAAGCUCAGCAAAGUAGCCAUUAGAGUUCUGGUCAUCCUUUGCUGGCAUUUAACAAGAGCUCAGCGUCCUUUCAAAGAGCCCUCUAGUCUGUAGCUACAGCUGGCAGAAAGAAAAACAAAAAGUCAUAUGCCAAAAAAAAGUUCCAGUUGUAGCAUAUUUUUAGGCCUGGAGCUAGUAGUUUGUAAAGUAAGACAGAUCCAGGCGUUUCUCACCAAAAAAGGAAGCAUUAUUCCAUUAUUAAUAUAAUGGUGAUAACUCCCAAAGAAGCAAACUAGAGGCCUUUAAAUAAAGCAAUUUGAAUCAUUCUCCACAGUAUGAAAGGUCGCCAAGAAUAAAAAAAAAAUCAAGUGCCAAAGUCAAAAGAAAAGAGCUAUAUUUCUAGGAGAAUGGAACAUUAAAAAGGAUAACACAAGUAAAGACGUCCUUCUACUCAGUACAAAGUUAAGAAAAGUUAAGUUCUUCAGCUCAUCUCUUUUGGUCUUAGACACCCACUGUCCAUAAAGUACCCAUCUCCUAUUAAAUUGGGAUGGAAAAAUGGCAUGAGUAUCCCCCAAAUUUGUUCCGUGGUGGAGGAGGUAAAGGGAAGGAGAGGACUCUGUAAUAUUUCAAUGUGGUAUCUGUUUUGAGAGCUUUCUGGAAAUGAUGUUCCUGGGUCUCCACACCCAUGGUUCUUCAAAUGGCCACUGAUUGAAGUUUUUAUCGGAACCCCUUGUCAGGAGAAGAGAACCAAUCUUGAUUUUUCAGUACUGGGAAGGAACAAACAUGGAAUGCAAAAAUAAAUAGGGUAGCAGAAGGGCCUGCCCAAUCCAUAGAAUGAGGAGAGAUUUAAUUUCUGCCAAAUUCAUUAAAGAUGGAGGGCAAAGGUCACAGACUGAUGGUGUUUCACAGUUAUAUCUGAUAUCACCAUGAUUAAUUCCCCUAUAUGGGAUCCAUUCUUUAACCUAUAGUUUGGUUAGCUGAUAAGAAGAAAGGAUAGGAUAAUAUUGACUGAAUUGCUCAUCUAUCUUGUCGGCUAACAUUUUUACAACACCCUGUGUUUUAAGUUGUGUUAGAAAAAAUUUGAACUUAAUCUCUCUAGUCAAUAUAGCAAGUAUUGCCUUUGAGAUCGCCAUUGAGAUUGUCCAAAUUCCUUAAAUAAUCUCAGUGUUGAGCUAAUCCAAGCGGUCAUUUUUAGGCUAUUUCAGUGAGUAGAAAUAAGAAAGGAGUGUAAUUUCUGAAAAUGACAUGUUUGUUUCUCAUUCCUUCAGUAGCAAGCAAUAUAUAUUUUUCAUUGACAAAGUAUAUUUCCAGUUUUGAAUGGCUAUGGCUCUCCAUUAAGCAUGAUCAGAUGGAGUUUUUUGCAUCCUAUUGCUAACUCUGCACCCUUUCUUUUGAGGAUUUUUUCUUUCCCUUUUUGCCCACUGGAUGUGUGUAUGAUAAUGAAGAAGUUCCAGUUCUCCCCAUGGAAACUGAUAUUUGUAGAGGAAAGUGCCUUAAGUACGUAAAUUGAGGAUGCUAACAAAUGGCCAUGGACUUUUAAGCUUUAUUUCUAUGGAUCUCCAUGAAGCCAUCUAUUCUCAUCCAUAUAAAAUCCAAAGGGAAAUAUAUGCACAUAUUCAUAAACAUAUGCACUGAGAUGAGAGCCUUGAGUUGGCGUAUCUUUUUUUGUACAUUGAUUUUGAAGAUACUUUUCAGAUUAGGAAGAAAGGAUACUUUUUUUUUUUUCAGAAGUAAACACUAACAACUAUCUAUGAUUCCAUCACCUUCUUUAAAAAUAUAAUAGCUAAGGACAAAGACAGCCUAAAACAUCCAGACUGCAUUUUUGAAUGGACAGCAUAUCUGCUGGGCUAGCACAGAAUGCUGGGAAGAACCUUUAAGGUGAUAAAGUCCAAUUACUGAUUUUACAAAUAAGGAAAUUGAAGCCCAAACUGACAGUGACCUCCCCCAAAGAUACCCACCUAAGUGAUAGAGUCAAGAUGUAAGCUCAGAUUUUCCGAGACAUACACUCAUAGAUUCCAAAUUAAAGGAAUUGUAGAGGUCAUUGAUUUCAAUCCCUUCUUUCAGAUGAGGAUUACACAAGGUCAUAUGCCAGAAUUAGGAUUAAAAUUUAUAUGUGCUGAUUUCAAAUCCAGCAUUCUUUCCAAUGUCCCAUGCUCCUUCUUUGGAAACCAAAUCCAGUGUUCCUUCCAUAACAUCACACUUAGCAGACUUCUGCCCUUUCACAAAUUUCCUAGUGCCUGAUUUCAAGGGGAGAAAAUAGCAGGAACCCACUUUCCUUACAGUUAAAGAAUAUUAGAGCCUAUUUGAAGAUUUUAUUUUGAUUCCUUUUUUUUUUUGGUGGAAAUUGACAAGGAAAGUGAAAAGCCUUAAAAGGGAACUUUGGGGAAAUUGGUUUUGCUAUUACUGUUGUAAACUUUUUAGAUCACACACACACACACACACACACACACACACACACACACACACACACGAUUCUAAAGUUGACAGAAAAAGGAAGUUUCCUAAAGUUUAGUCCUUCAGGGGUCAUUAAGUUAGGUACAAUGUUUUGUUUAAGUUAUCUCUUACUUAUGGUUAACUGCAUGAAUGCCUAUAGUAGUGAACCACACUUCUGAGUCAACAUAAGGCAGUAUACUUUGGAUUGAAAUUUUUGUCUCCUUAGAAUAGACAUCUGUUUAACAUUUCUAAACAUUAACUUUAGCAACAGAGUGAUUUGUGUCUGCAGUGAUGUGCUAGGAAUUUAGCUUUUAUAAUGGGUUUUUUCAAUCCCAAAUGUCUUUGCUUUUGAAUUUUUUAAGAAAAAGUUUCUAUUUAUUAGCUCAGAAGUGGAAUGUCAUGUCAUUUACUAGGAGUGUGUGCCAAUAUAUUUUGCAUGAAGUUUUUGCGCCAAUCAAUGUGAACUAAAUAUUGUCACAAAAUAAAAUGAUGAAAAAGGAUGUGCAUAAAA